AUGGGCUCCUUGCCGAAUCUUCACGAGCUGUCGAAGGACAAGCUCGACAAUCCUGUCCACCGACCGGCACCGAUCGGCGGUCUGGGACCCAUCAGGCUGCCUCCGCAACCACCGCCUUUGGCUCACACCCACCGCAGGGCGCGAAGCGGUGGUCAUCAUCACACGACCCUCUGGGACAAUGACGCGAUGCUCGAGCACAUGGCGACGUACUCGCCGAUCUCCUGUCGCUCGGCCAGGACCUCGGGGUUGUCCUGGCGACGACGGGAGUCGAUGUGUUCCUCGGCCGGGGCGUCGUCGGUGCGUCGCCUGAUAGCAGCGGUGAGGACGGCUCCCUCGGGACCCCGACCCCCCCGGAAGGCCGUCCUGAGGCACUGCGUGGCCCUCCUCCUGGGACACGCGACCUGUUCGGCGGCCACCCUGCCGAUCCUGCCGCUCCAGGCCGGCCUCGGAGCCUUCGACCCCCAGCUGGGCCCAAUCCUGCUGGCCCUCCUCUACACCACGGCCACCCUGACCUCCUGCUUCGCGCCGAUCUUCGUGCAGAAGCUCGGCACCAACCUGACGAUCUGUCUGACCCAUCUGAUCACCACGAUCUUCGUGGGGGUCCACUUCUAUCCCAAGUGGUACGUCCUGGUGCCCAGCUACGCGAUCUUCGGGGCCUGCGCGAGCCCAGGGUUCCUCGCCAGGACCUCGCACACCAACAUCUCCGCGGCCAGGCUCAGCCUCGUCUGCUCCGACCCCGAAGACCCCGACGAGACCCGCAGGGACUGCCUCCUCAGAAGACUCAACAGGGGCAUGAAGCUCGCCGAGGACAUGGGCCUUGCUCUGGGGUGUCUGAUCGCAGCGAUCCUCGUGAAGAUGACCAGCACGGUGCCAGCAAUUACUCUAGAAGGGGAAGCUGUGGAUAUUUGCGGAGCCGAAUACUGCCCCGUAGAGAUGUAUUUCCAGAACGAAACCCUGUUCGCGCCGACUCUUCCCUCGGGGACGGCAAAAAUGGUGAUUAGCGCUUGGUUGGGCCUGGCCAUCCUCGGUUUCGGAAUAUCCUGCGCCUUUUUGGAUUCCCGAAUGAAGGAGCCGCAGAGCGUCAACGACAGACUCAGCACGACGAAUCUCCUCAAAGCCGUCAAGUCUGCCUUUCAAGACCCGAAAUUGCAGCUGGCUGCACCGCUGACUCUUUUCAUAGGAUUGGAGCAGGGCUUCAUAUUCACCGAUUUCACGGAAGCGUACGUGGUAUGUGCCCUGGGUGGAGCUGGCCCAGUGGCUUUAAGUUUUUUAAGUUUAGCACUCUUGCAAGCUCUCGCCGGUGUAACGUUAUCCAUGUUGCUUAGACACAUUAGAAGAUACUUCGUCAUAGCCGUGGGUUUUGCAUUUCACGCCUGUCUACUGCUGGUGCUGGUCGCCUGGAGGCCAGCGGGCGAUGAUCCCGCUCUUUUCCACGUCAUAUCUGCGGCAUGGGGUGUCUGUAAUGCUAUCUGGGAGACGUUAAUAUACACGCUUCUCUUGGGUUUGUACCCCAACUCGUGGCAGGGUCCCCUGUCGACGUCCUUGUUCUGGAGGUGGCUGGGUCUGGCCCUGGCACUGGGUCUGCACGGUCUGGUGUGCACCCGAAUCCGAGUCCUGGGCUUGGCCGCCAUGCUCGUCCUGUCCGUGACUCCCUACGUCUGGCUGGAAGUCCGACUGGCGAGGCGAGGCAAGACCCUGGCACCCUUGUGA